AUGGCGACCACCAAAAUCCUCUCUCUCUACCACGUCUUCCUCCUCUCUCUCGUCGCCGCCGCCUGCUCCUUCUCCCCAGCCGACCACUUCCUCAUCAAUUGCGGCUCCAGCGCCGCCGAGACCCUGGACGCCGACCACCGAAUCUUCACAGGCGACGACCCCCGCUUCCUCGCGUCGACUCAAACGCUCCAGCUCGAGAGCUCCGAUCAGCCCUCGCCGCUCUACCGCACCGCUCGAGCCUUCACUCACCCCGCGCAUUACGUGUUCCCCAUCAGAGAUCGCGGCGUUCAUCACCUGAUACGCCUCCAUUUCCACCCGAUCCGAGAUAACCUCUGUGACCUGAACAAAGCUGAAUUCCACGUCGUCGCGAACGGAUUCCUGUUGCUGCGAAACUUCCGCCCCUCGAACGCCUUCAAUUCCGCGGUAAUCAAGGAAUUCGCGAUCCCGGUCGACUCCGGCGAGUUGAAAAUCACGUUUCUGCCCUCCGAGAAAUCCGGAUUCGCGUUCGUGAGCGCGAUAGAGGUGAUCACCGCCCCGAUUGACCUAAUUGCUGACGUGGCGCAGCUCGUUGAUUCCGAGAAAAACGAGAGGAUCUAUGGAUUGUUGAGAAACGGUUUCGAGACCGUGCAUAGGGUGAAUGUUGGGGGAUUCAAAGUGACGCCGUUUAACGAUUCUCUGUGGAGGACAUGGAUCACAGAUGAUGAGUUCUUCAAAUCGAGCGAGGGUUCCGAAACGGUUCAUUUUGGGGGCAGAAUCAAGUACCGAAUGGGCGGUUUGACCCGGGAAGUCGGUCCGGAUAAUGUUUACAACACGGCGAGGGUGAUUCGGAGCAAGGAUAGCUCGAUUCCAAACGUGAAUUUGACAUGGUCGUUUGAAAUUGAGAAGGGUUAUAGUCACAUGGUGCGUAUGCAUUUUUGUGAUAUAGCAAGUGUUUCAACACACAUGCUGUAUUUCAAUGUGUAUGUGAAUGGGAACCUAGCAUACGAGAAUCUGGAUUUGUCGGUAAUCACCAAUGCGCUCUUGGCCUCGCCGUUCUACGCUGAUUUCGUGGUGGACGGGGGGAGCUCGGGGAGCUUGGCCGUGAGCGUGGGGCCAUCAAACAUGAGCUGGCCGCGGGCAGUUGAUGCCAUUCUCAACGGGAUUGAGAUAUGGAAGCUGAAUAACACGAUGGGGAGCUUUGAUGGAGAGGUGUGCGUGGAUUCUGUGUGGAGGAGCUGGAGGAAAGGGCAUACUAGCUUUGUGCUUCCAUCGAUUGCUGUAAUAUUCUUGUUGCUAUCUGCAUCGGUGUUUCUGCAGAGGAGAAGGAACGCCUCUGCUUCGAUGGGAUGGGCUCGUUUGCCCAUUGAUGUUUCUGAAUCUAACUUGAAGGCUGGCAAUCAGUUGUCAUCUAUCAAGUAA